AGGAUCGGCGGCGGCGCUCGCCCUCCGCAAGCCGCCCGAGUCGAGGCCCGGGGGGAGAAGUCAUGCGGGUUUCCUGGACAUUACAUUUUAGAUUGCAUAUAAGAAAAGCUCUUGGAGGGUUCUUGGAGGCUCUCUCCACCCUGAAGUAAGCAUGUUACAGGGACCCAUGCAUGGAGGAAGGAGAAGAUCUCCAGCCUAGCAGUGUGGAGGCAAGCUGAGGCAGAGCUAUGGCGAGUGACAGAGAGCUCUUUCAUGUAAUCAAGGGCUUAAAGAAUACCAUAACUGAGCUGCACAAAAACUACCCAGAACAGGGACUACCAGUGACAGAUGGCAGUCGGGAAUUGCAACAGUUCUGUGCCCAGCUGGAGUUCCUGUUGCAGUAUGAUUUGAAAGAGAAGAGGAACCUCUUUGGGCAGAGAAAGGAUUAUUGGGAUUUUCUGAGCCUAGUCCUGACAAAGCUGCACAGUGGAACACAUGAAGGGGUGCAACACAUCUCCUCCCUGGACAAACUGAAAACGGCUGUGGGGAAGGGCCGUGCUUUCAUUCGCUAUUGCCUGGUUCAUCAGCAGCUGGCCGAAACUUUGCAACUUUGCUUCAUGGAGCCAAAGAUCACCAGUGACUGGUACUACGCACGCAGCCCCUUCCUGGACUGGACUCUGUGGCAGGACAUCUUGGGCUGCCUCUAUGAGCUGGACGGCAUCACCUUCCAUCUGGCCCUCUGCAGAGCAGAUCUGGAUGCUGCGUGGCCUAUGGUCUCUGAGGCUUUGCCACGGUGUUCCAUCCCAGCUCUUACGAACACCCAAGUGAAGAAAGCAUUCUCUGAGGUUGGGAACUCAAACACAGGUUGUACGAGCUGCCAAGGAGCUACCCAAGGUCAUGGCAGCUCACUAAAAACUAAGGACCAAGGCGUUAUUGAGGCAUCUGCUGAUGACCCGAGUAGGCCUGGGCUGGAACAGUCAGUGGAGAAAUGGAUCGGGGUCUGGAGAAGCAGAAAGAACAGCCUGCUGCAGAUGGGUUCCUUCCUAAAGCUGCAUCCCUUUAUGGAAAAGGGUGCCCAGCAUCCAGCUUCUGGCAGGGAAGUACAGAGUGCAAAUGGUGAAGUACAGGUGAGCACAGAGCAGCCAGGCAGUAUCUCCAGCCAUUGCCUGCUUCCUCAGCCUGAACACUGCCUCAGCGGACAGUUGGAAAGGCCACAUCAGGUGGCGGCCAAAGGUGAUGACUUGAAGCAGAAGAAUUUGAGAACUUUGAUGUGGGAAGUUGGUGCUUUGCAGCUGAAGCUGUCCCAGCAGCAAGAGGAGGGCAUGUCUCUGAGGCAUGCCCUUUCAGAGGAGCAUAGAGCUCUGAAAGAAGAGCUGGUAAAAUGUGAAGAACAAUGCAAAGAGAAAACAGCUGAGCAGGAAAAGCAGCAGCAGGAACUGGCCAGGGUAGUAAAGGCCCUCAAAGAGGCAGAACACAAGGUUGACAGUCUAACCAGUGAAUGCCAGAUGGCCUUGGCCAGGAAACAUGAUGCUGAGAAGGCUCUUGAGGAAGCAGAACAAAGGUUGAGUUCUCAGGAGGUGGAAAGGAGAAAGCAUCUGGAUGACAUUGAGGCCCAAGAACGGAGGCAUCAGCAGCUGCUCUGUCGAUGUCAAGGACUGCAGGAGAAACUGAAGGUCUGUGAAGAGAGUCUGGAGAGAUGGGAAAGGCAAGUGGUCGCCCUGAACAGCCAACAGGGCCAGAUGGAAACAGCUGAGGGGCAGUCAGACGGGACAAGUUGCAGGCCAGCAGAAAGGGAGGAAUACCCAAUUAUUUUGGAGAGAGGUCUCCUGAAGGAGAAAUUAGAGAGGAGUCUUGCUGAGAUAAAGGUGCUAGAGAAGGAGAAGGAAACACUUAUGGAAACUCUAGUGUCUCAGGAACAAAGUCUGGUGUUUACAAAGCUGGAAGUACAGAACCUUCAGAAGGAAUUGUCCCUAUGUCAAGAGAACAUUGUUAGUCUCCGGAUAUCUUCAGAGGAACAGGAGAAGACCCUGAGGGACAGGGAAGAAGCCGCUGAGGGCUUGCAAAGAAACCAAAAAGAGCUAUCAGAGCAGCUACAGGGAGCAAUGGAAAAAAACACUACACUGGAAGCUCAGUUGCAUCAGAAAGCCAGGGAACUGUCUCAGCUAGAAGCCCAAGUUGCUGAAGGGCAGAUCAGGUUUGAAAGAACUUUGCAGGAACUGAGGAACCAACUGGGAACUUUUGAAAAGAAGGUGGUCAUGCUGCAAGAGGAGAGGCAGGAACUCCAGGCCGCUCUGCAAAAAGCCCUCCAAGAAAGAGACAUCUUAACCAAGCAAGUGGAGAGCACAACUGUAGCCCUGGAGGGACAGACCCAAGUGGCCAUGAAGCUCAGAGAUGAGCUGGAGAAUUUGAAGGCUACCAACCAAGCAGUUCAAAAAGCCCGGGAGGAGAGAAGUGAAAUGGUGGCCUCAGCCUUAAGAGAAGAGUGCCUGCAGCUGAGAAACCAAGUGGAGCAGCUGGAACAGGAGAAAACACAAGCCACUGACCUAGCAGAGAAGCUGAGUGAAGAGUUGGAACAGUUCUGGGGAUGCCCUACAGAGGAAGGUGCUGCUUUGCUCACUGUGCCAGCUCUGGCAUAUGAGGUCCGAGACAAGAGAGCCACGGCUCAAGUCAAAGAGAAUGGCAACAUUGCUGAGAAAGGCGGCCAUGGAGCAGCUAAGUCAUGGCAGAUGGGGAAGGAGCUCUUUCAGGCAGAUGUGUUGCAAGAUUUGGGAAGACCUGCCAAGAAGGGGACCAAUGCCAAACACGGAACUGAUGCCCUGGGGAAGUGUCUGACUAGCCACCUGGAUAAAAUGACUGGGGACGUGCAGCAGGCGAAGCAAAUGCUUCUGGCCAAGGAGACGAGAACGAAGAAUCUCAUGGAGCAGCUAAGCCGGUCUCAGCAGGAGAAAGAGCAAUUGCAGCGUUCGCUUGAGAAAAGCCACCAAGAAUCAGAAGAAAAAGAGAAGAAAUACAAAAAGGAGCUCUUGGAACAGAGGGAACUCAUCUGCAGCAUGAAAGAGAAGCUGCUGGAACUACUACGGUGAGU